AAAAUGACAGGAUCUACAGAUCCAGAGCGGUUUGAUGGAAUGUUGAUGGCUAUGGCCCAGCAAUGUGAGGGUGGUAUUCAUGAGCUUCUUGAUGCCUUCUUUGGAUUCCUAGCUCGAAAGACUGAUUUUUAUUCUGGAGCUGGAAAGGAACAAGCACAAAAAAUGGUCAGGGAAAAGUUUGAACAAUACAGAAAAGUAGUUGCUGAAAGAAUGGAAAAGGAAAAAACAGAGAAAGAAUUAGAAGAGGAGGCAAGAAAGAAUAGCCAAAAAAGCAGAAGAAGAAAAGGAAAGACUAAAGGCUGA